AUGAAAAUCUCCAGGGUAAUUAUCCAAUUUCGGACAAUCUAUACUAAUAUUCGCCAGCAAAUGAAACCAUCUGAGCUCUACGAUCUGCGGGUUAACAAUGGUCAAUUAAUCAAUGACGACCAUCAGCGUAAGAUCAUUAAACAGAUGGAUAUAGUGUACGAAUCAUUGGCUAAUUAUUCACCGCCUUCACAAAAUAUGGUUCUUAAAUUCUUAGGCGGGUUGAAUACUCCUCCAAAUGGUCUUUACUUGCAUGGGUCAGUUGGAUGUGGCAAAACCAUGUUGAUGGACUUGUUUUUUUCUUGUUGUGAAGUAAGUACCUAAUCAUUGGAUCAUUUAAUAAGUAUUGAAAUAUUCACUAAAUAAAAUAAUUAUAUACUUUAUAUUAUUGUAAUAAAACAAACAUAAUUUUUGUAGAUGGAAAAAAAACGAAGAGUACAUUUUGACGAGUUUAUGUUGGACAUUCAUAACAGAGUACAUAAAUUAAGACUGAGUAGUAAGGAUAACUUUGAUUCUAUACCAAUGGUGGCUGAUACAAUACUAGAACAAUCGUGGUUACUUUGUUUUGACGAAUUUCAGGUAUUUCCAAAAGAAUUGAAUUAGAUAUUUAGUAGUAGAGAUAUCACCCUUUUUGUGCAACAUUUUAUUUGUAGGACUAUCAUACAUGAUUCUUGCCAGGUGACUGAUAUAGCAAAUGCAAUGAUAUUGAAAAGGUUAUUCACUGAGCUAUUUAAUAGAGGUAUGAUAAUGGUGGCGACCAGUAAUCGUAAACCAGACGAUCUGUAUAAAAAUGGGCUGCAACGGUUUUUGUUCUUGCCAUUUAUACCAGUACUGAAACAACAUUCAAAUAUUCUUAAUUUGGAUUCAGGUAUCGAUUAUAGAGUUAUAAGAACAAAAAAUGAAUUCAAAUCAUAUUUUGUGUAAGUAAAUUACCUAUACAAAUAGUAAUAUUUUUCAAUAAAAAAGAAUUGUAAUAUUAUUAAGUUAGAUGAAAAACUAAUUAAAUUAUUUUUUAUAUCUAGUUGAAUUAUGUAUUUCUAGAAACAAUUUAUUAUAAAAUGACACACCUUUUUUCAUAAUCUCUUUUUCUAUAUAGGCAAAAUAUUGAUGUCAAAAAAGAUUUUGAUGAUGCUAUUAAAAGAUUUACAAAUAAUGAAAAUGAUACAGUCCGACCAAGAACAUUAAUUAUCAUGCAAAGGAAUCUAACAUUUCAAAGAGUAUGUGGACAAAUCUUAGAUGCUACUUUUGAAGAGCUUUGUGAUCGAGUAAGAUUAUACAAUUAACACAAAUAAAUUAAAAAUAUAAAUGUCUAAAUAUUUCACUAUUUUUCAGCCUUUGGGUGCCGUAGAUUACUUAUAUUUAUCACAAAUGUUUCACACUAUAGCUAUUAGAAAUGUUCCUCAAUUGGAUUUGGAUUCAUUAUCUCCUAUGAGACGUUUUAUUACUCUUAUUGAUACACUUUACGAUAAUAAAGUAAUUUUAUUAAAAUUAUGUUUUUAAAACUUACUAAUUAAAUUUUUAUAUUUUAGGUGUGUGUUUUAAUAUAUGCAGACAAACCAGUAAAAGAACUAUUUGUUGCUAAAAAAUCGGGUGGAUUAGGAGAUGAUCAGAUGGUCCUUAUGGAUGAUUUAAAUUUAAAUUCUGAAUCAGUAAUGAAUUUAAUAUACUAUGACCUUAAGAGGAUAUUGUCAUAUUUGCACAACCUGUCUUUUUAUUAAGACAGCAAAUUUGUAUUCGUUAGAACUAAUUUUGUGUUGAUAGUUUUAAAACCAAAUUGUACUGAUCUAUUAUUUUACUUAAAUUAAAAAUAUUGUCUGCUUCUACAUCAUUUUUUUCAAAAUUUUAAUUUUUAAACGAGAUAUGAAUAUGUGAAUUAUCAUAGUUUAAAAAUACUUAUAUCUUAUUUAAAAAUUUAAACAUCAAACAUACUUUACAUUUUAUAAGUAUUCUUAUUUUUAAAAAAACGGUAAAUUCACUCUAAUACAAAACUUACAACACAAAAGGUUCUACUGAACACAAAUGUUUUAUUGUGUGCACUUGUAAGACAGGCACACACAUGCGAAUAUGACAUCCUCUUAAUAUAUUUUAAAUAUCUUUUCAACCGUUCAUAACAUUUAUAAUUACUUAUUUUUUGUAGACUGAUAUUAAAGCAAAUGUUUUUACUGGUGAUGAAGAAAUAUUUGCAUUUGAUCGAACAGUAUCAAGACUUAUGGAAAUGCAAUCCAGCGAUUAUUGGAAAAAUAACCGUUCAAAAUUAUAA